AUGAAAUUUCACCGGUGCUCGCAAGAACAAGCCGUAUACCGAAGAACCUUUGGAACGGACGUCUUAUUAAUCGGCGUGUACGUGGACGAUUUAAUUGUGACGGGUUCAAAUUUGAAACUUAUUAUGGAGUUUAAGCGCGGGAUGGCUAAACACUUUGAAAUGUUGGAUUUGGGAAAGCUUACUUAUUAUCUUGGAAUUGAAGUGUCGCAGAGCAACGACGGGAUAAAAAUUAAGCAAGAGGCGUAUGCAAAGAAAAUACUGACGGAAGCCGGUAUGAUUAACUGCAAUCCUACUAGUGUUCCCAUAGACCCGAACGUGGAAAUUUCUAAAUUUGAAGACGAAGAAGAUUUUGAUGCAACGAGAUAUCGAAUAAUUGUCGGGUGUCUCCGGUACCUUUUACAGACUCGACCAGAUUUGGCGUUUUCGGUCGGAGUAGCCAGUCGGUACAUGCAAUGCCCGAAGCAAUCUCAUGCAGCUCUCAUCAAGCAAAUUCUUUUCUAUUUAAAAGGUACUUGUAGUUAUGGCAUUACCUAUACACGAGGAGAAAAUAUGUUGGUCGGUUACAGUGAUAGUAGUCACAACAUAAAUCCAGACGAUGGAAGAAGUACUACGGGACACGUGUUUUAUUUUGGGUCUUCUCCAUUUACUUGGUGUUCUCAAAAGCAAAGUACAGUUGCGUUAUCAUCGUGUGAGGCGGAGUAUAUGGCGGCAAGUGCAGCCGCGUGUCAGGCGGUUUGGCUAAAAGAAUUGAUUGGUGAAUUAUUCGACAAGAAAAUUCAAGCGGCGGUGUUAAGUGUUGAUAAUACAUCGGCGAUAGCUCUCGCGAGGAACCCGGUUUUCCAUGGAAGAAGCAAACACAUAAAAUCCCGGUUUCACUACAUUCGGGAAUGUGUUGAUCGUGAAGAUAUCGUGGUCGAGCAUGUUAGUGGCAUUGAUCAAAAGGCGGAUAUUUUGACGAAGGUUCUUGGGAAGAUCAAGUUCAAGGAGAUGACUGAAAAGCUUGGAGUUAAAGACUUGUCAGAUACGAGUUCGAAAUUCCAGGGGUGA